AUGCCACAAGCAUGGCGCCUUCUUAUCACCUGUGCUGUCGCUGUUCAGCAGGGCGGCGGUUGGGGUUUCUUUCAAUUCAACAGUACGAACGCGACCUCACAAACCUCCCCGGAUGAGCAGGCUUCCUGGGCUCAGUUGUGGGCUUGGGUAGGCGAGAAGACUCCCGGUCUUGCCAGGCUUCGAGAUGGUUGGACCUUCAUUGCCAACGGCCUUGCGGCUUCCCAGGAUUCUCGACGACCAACGUCGUGGGACAAUGGACUCUGCAUGGCCUUGGAUGCAGUCAUCAGUUUUUUGGGCUGGAUGUUCUUUGGGAACACUUGGCCUGGAGUGAAGAGUGGGUGCCAGAGGGCUUUUCGUGUGGCUCUACUGGUGCUCCUUUGCCUAUGUGCUCACUAUGUGUGGGCGCUUUGCUGGCCCGUGAUCUCGUUGAUAUCUGCUUUGGUCAUGGGGUCAGUCUGGUUCGUCCGGGCCUUGGUUCGCAAAUUGGGCACCUUAGUCUACUGGGCUCAGCGUGCCGCAGGUGGCGUUCCCGAGGCAGCCGACACGGAGUUCAUUGGCCCAGGCACCGGCAGAAUCCCAGAGACAGCGAACCUUCGAAACUUCAAGAAGACCGGAGGGACCGAUAAGUGGGUUCUUGUGAGAAGAGAGGGGCGAGUCGCAGUCUUCAAGGCAGGGGCUGAUUCUCAGACCAUCCGCACUGCCGGCUUGUACGUUCCCAUUGAGGUGGAUACGAUGCGUGGCGACCAAGAGCUCGUUGAGGCAUGUCGGGGGCAUGAUCGUGUGCACCUAUGCAGGAUUUUGACCCCUGAGAAGUUCCACCUCAAGAACGCUGAGCUUGGGGCGGCAAAGGCGGGGGACUUUGUGGGCGUGGCUUUGGAGAUCGCCCCGAAGGUUCCGUUGCCAGCGAAGGAGUUCGCGUCUGAGUCGGAGACAGAGCCUGAGAGACCCUGUGAGGCGGCUAAGGUCCUGUGGUCCGACAAGGAUGGUGAUCAUCGACUUGGGGCGGGUCUCUGCCGCCGUGGGGCUUCAGUGUGCUUCUCGCUCUUGUUUGAGGAUCAUUUCAGUGAGGCCGGGACGGCCAUGCUCUGCCCCCAGCAUGCACUUGACUACGAGAGGGACCGCAGACGAGGGCGGCUUCAGGCGGUGCAGGCAGCACAGCGGCACGAGGAAACCGGCGAGGCGGCGAUCCCCAUCGGCUACAAGGCCACGCGCGACGGCAGGGUCGACUACCGGGACCUUAAGAGGAUCCUGACAGAGAUCCGCGGCGAGACCACCGAGGCGGAUAAGCGGGAUGACGUGCCCUUGCUGGAGGAAUUUUUCCAUCAGUUCGCAGAAGGCAAAGAACUUGGCCUUACUGAGGAGGAGGCAGGCCGCUUGCGAGCAGGAGAAGGGCCAGAAAGGACUUACGAAGUUCAUUCGAGCUUGGCAGCGUGGUGGGACAGCGACUACGUCUCCGUCAAGUUUGCCUCGGUCGAGCGCGGCCCCGUCCUGGGACCUGGUGGAGGGAGCGGCUUUGAGUCAGACACCGCCGUCGUUGAAGAGUUCGGAGGUUCUCCCCAGCCUUUGAGGAUAGGGCUGCCCACAAUCUAUGGCAUGGAGGACAGGAAGGCGGGGGCGGCAGUGUCCGGAAGCGAGGGCGCCAUCAAAUCUCAGACGGCCGAGAUUGCCUCGCUGGUGAAAAGCCACACGGAGAGCCGGUUCCCCUGGGUCGUGGUGGGCGCGGGAGAACAAGGCCAGGCACUUGCCAACGCGCUGAUCUCAGCUCAAGUCGGGGCGUCCACAAAGUUGCGGAAGGCGGGCUUUAAGCAGAAAGUCACAACCCGCCUGGCUGUGGGGCUGGCGGGGCCGUAUUGGGGUACCCAGGAGAAGCACGCCCUUUCAGUUGCAGACUUUGUGCCCCAUACGGAUGCGGAGCUCGACGCCUUUGUGCAGGAGGCCAGGGCACGUCGACAGAACGAUGUGUGGGCGCUGGUCUAUGGCGCAGAGUGGAAGCCUGUUCGGGAUCAUGCCCUGGACAAGCUUGCUGCAUGGCACCUCGCCGAGCCCCACAAAUGGCCUUUGACCGUGAUCUCGGAGGUCUGGGAAGAGUUGCAUUGGCGUUUCUUCGAGGAGCUCAAGGAGACCCUGCGGUUGUUGAAAAAGGAGGCAGGACGCGAGACCAUGUCGUUGCAGGACAUCAAGUUCUACGCCCUGAUGCCCAACGAGUCCGGCACGGCCUGGCUGGAGCUCCCGAGGACAUUCGACCUGCUCAACCCCGAUGGCUGGUUCAACACGGAGGUGCUCCCCAGAAUCGAGCGGAGAUGGGAAGGAGGCCGAGGUGGAAAGCCAAACCCGUCCAUCCAUGCAGGCGGCGAUGGUGAAGCAUCGCAACCUUCAGCUGGGGGAAGGCCAACGUUGCGAAACUUGCGGGGGCCCAAGCUGAGCACCGAGGAGAUUGCCAAGGCCAAGGAUCGCGCUCCCGUCGACAAGGACGGGAUGUUACUGUGUUGGGGCGCUCUCACCCACAUGGGCUGCUCGAAUGCCUCUUGUCAACGUUCCCAUGCCGGUCUCCAAGGAAAGCUGGAGGCGUUGGACCCUUGCGUGCAGAUGCAGCUACUUCGGCGCGGUGGACUUCGACGCAUCAAGGCGGAAACCAAGGAGAGCGCGGCGGAGAAGAUCAAGGCGUUGAGGGCCAGCGUCACAGCCGACAAGGUGGCGAAGGUCGCGGACGGACGCAAGGCGGGGGACGACGAGCCCAAGGCCAAGACUAGAGUCGGCGGUGAGAAGACGAUCCAGUUCCACGAGGUCCCGGAAGAGUUUGAAGCCGUCGACUAUACGGCCGCGGAGUCCGACACGCAAGCUUACCUAGAGGCGAAGGGUGAGUCAGCCCCCGCUGAGGCCAGCGACCUUGUCAAGAGGGCCAAAGAGCUGGCCACGGGCCCGGUUUUGGGCCAACUUCAUGGGGCUUCUGAUGAUCUGUACGCAUGGGCGGCGGCUAGGGUUGCUCGGCACCCCACUGCUAGUUUGGAGGAGAUCCUCGGCGACAUGGCCACGUACGGUUUGGGUGACUUGGCGGAAGAGGCCUCACGCAUUUUGGAGGAGUCUGUCGGGCACAAGGCGGGGUCCAGCGGUGGCAUACAGGUGUCGGACACCACGUGGACGGUCGGAGAACCAGGCGCGGGCACGGCGACGAUCGAGGGCGUUGUGUGGAGGACCUGGAACUACAGGGAGGACAUUUCCAUGUCGGAGGAGCUCGCGGGCAUGCUCCGUCAGCCGGAUGAAGGGCCAGAGAAACGUCAAUGUGUGACCAAGGCGGUGGCAGCGGGCGUGGCUUGGCGGCUUCUAGCUCGACAACCAACGUUGGACGAGGCAGAUGGCAAGGCCCUGGACUUGCGAUGCGAUAUGGUCAGGCAGGCCUUGGAGGCGGUGGCGGUCAUGGGUGAACCCGCUGCCCGUGUCGCUCCUAUUGAGAGCGAGUUGCGAACCUAUGCUCACGACAUUGUGCGGGCCAACCACGACAAGGACUUCAGAUCCCUGGCAGCUUUCCCUCUGGCUGAUUUGGAGGAAUGCAAGCUGGUGGUGGCGCGGGCCGACUACAAGGGCGACGUGGUCGUGGAGACGGUGACGGGCACGAUGUGGCAGCCCAAUGGCUGGGUUUUGUGGACGUUGAUCUGGCGUGGGCACAUGCUACUGCUUGAGCCGCCCGCAAGCUUGCAAGCCGGAGUGUUCCUGGAGCGAUGGCAGCCACAUGCAUUCCUUUCUGUCGCCUUUGCCGUGGACGAAAAGCAGGUGACUUGGAGCAUGGGCCGUGCAGACGCACCAGCAACCUGGCGGCCGCAGCCAUUGUGGGGUGCAUUAAGGUGUUCGAGGAGCCUCAUCUUCGACGUGGAUAUCGCGAAUCACGAUCUGCUGCGGCCGGAGGUGCAGAAGCGCUUGAUCGUGGGGGCCAAAACGGGACCAGCCAACAUCUUGUGGAUUGCAUCGCCGUGCACCAGCUUCUGCGAUUGGGGGCUCCAAAAUGGGGGAACCCGUUCCUUCGACCGUCCGGAGGGUGGCUCGCAAGGGCGACCGUUGAAGGAGGCGGAGGUGGACGGCAACGCGCUUAGCAAGGUAGGCGCAGAGGCUUUCUUGUCCGGUUUGUUGCACGGGGCAUUCCCAGUGGCCGAAUCCACAGCGAGGUCGGGGCGCUAUCCCAAAAUGUGGGACUUGCCCUGGUGGCGAGAAAUCCUGGAUGCCGCCUUCUACCACCACAAGACACGCUUGGUCUUCCCAAAGAAUGAGGCGGUGACGGCUGCGUUCUCCAGGCGAUGCCCAGGCGUUGGCGGUGCACAUCGGCACGUACCUCUCAAAGGUGCUCGGCCGGGAUCUCAGGUGACACAUUGCACGGAGGCCGGAGUGUACUCAGCAGACUUUGUUCGGACGGUGGUGCAGACAUUGCAGCAGGCCUUGAGUUUGGGGGGCGGGGCACGUUUACAGCUUCAGUCACAUGGUUCAGCCGCAAAGGCGCCACAGAAUCCCGUGUCAGAAGUUCAGCGACAGGGUUCAUCCGCAAAGGUCCCGCAGAAUCCCAUGUCAGAAGUCCAGCGACAGGGUUCAUCCGCAAAGGUCCCGCAGAAUCCCAGGUCAGAAGUCCAGCGACAGGGUUCAUCCGCAAAGGUCCCGCAGAACCUCGCGCCAGAAACCCAGCGACCAGCUUCAGGUGGUGGAGGGCCAAGUGAGGAACGUCAGGUGGGAUCGACGUCCGAGGAGGAGAAGUUCUUCCACGAGCUCGAUCAGGAGAACGGCUGCAUGGACUUUGGAGGUCGUGCUGGGGGCCAGUUUUCUUCAAGCUUUGGUGACGUUGAAGGUCGUGCCGGGGGUCAUCUUUCUCCAGGCUUCAGUGACAAAGGUCGGGCCGAAAGGCGAAAGGGUGGCUUUCGUGCUGACGAUCGAGGUGGUGACGAAGGCGGUGCCGGAGGGCGAGCAGUUUCCAUGAAAUGGUGGGAGGAAAUGGACGACGACGAGAUCAUGUGCUUCGACGGGCCCGUCCAAGGGUGGGUCUAUGGGAACGCCCCAGAGGAGGAAACACGAGCUGGCAGCGUCGACUACGCAGGCUUCUACCAGGCCCCAAACCAGAAAGCCAAGCAGGCAGCGGAGCUCUACAUCGAGGGCGUGGCCGAGAACAAGGCGGGCACUCCGAUGGCAUGGGCCGUGGCUCAGGAACGGGGCAAGGAGCUCGCGGCGGCGGCGGGGUCGGUCCGUGAGGCAGCGGAGAGUCUGUGGCAGGUCCGUGAGGAGCGUGGCCUGAACAACCUGACAGGCGUGGAGGACCCCUACUUGGACACCGUGCUCCACCCCGACUUGCUUGACUACCUGCAAGAGGUGAGGAAACGAGGCCUGGCGGCAAGAUGUGUUGACGAACGUCUUGGCGACCGGCAGAGAUGCAGGGCACGCAUGCACCCGAACGGGAGGCGGAACCUCAACCAGGUCUACAAGCAGAUUUGGAAGGAUGUUCACAAGCUCCGUGCGCUGGUGGUCCCCGCGAACGCUGAAACUUUGGGCCCGGUGGUCUCCAGCCCCUUCGACGCAGUGGAUAAGAUGCUGCCGGAUUCUGUGGCACCAGAGAAACGCAUUGUUCAUGACCAGCGGGUCAUCAACGCCUCCACGGACAAGGAGUGGCAUCCCCCUGCCAUCCAACCUCGGCACGAACAAGUGGCCCGACUGAUUCUUCGACUCAAGAGCCGUGUCCCGGGUGACUUGCCGUGGGCGCCCGAAGAGAUGGAGGACGGCGAUGGCCAGGCGAGUGGCGAGGAGAUGACCGUGAUCUAUUUGGUCAGCUCCUUUGGGUUUUCAGGUUCGCCGGGUGAGUGGACUGUGUGGGGCAAGGCGACCGAGCUUUUUCUGCGGGCCCACCGACCAAGCUGUCCUUGCAGGGAUCUGUUGUGGAAGUUCGAUAGCCGCAUCCUGGUGGAUGACAACGUGCUUGUGGAGCCCUGGAUUGGUCUGAGGCCAUGGGUGGCGUCCGAGGUCUACGAGACCGGGGUCAAGGUGUUGUUGGGCGAGGCUGCCGUCAACAGGGAUAAAGACCUUCUUGAGGGGCCGUUUCGCACGUUCCAAACAGUGUGGGGACUCGAUAUGCAGACGACGACUGAGGAAGUUCACUUGCCUGAGAGGAGGGUGCUGAAAGGUGCCUGUUUACUAGCCGAUCCAUGCUUCGAUUAUGGCUGCAAGGACAUCACUCUUCGAGCUGUUCAGCGCUUUCGCGGAGUGGCGACUGGAUGGGCGGUGGUCGUGAAAGGCUUGCGCAACGAGCUCAAGGCAGCGGACGUGUUCCUCGGGACGCAGGGCGACGGUGGCACCAAAGUUCGGCCGAAGGUGGACGACCUCGUGGACGAGGAUGCGAUUGAGGCAGCGUGGAGAGACUUGUGGGAAUUAUUCGAGGAGGCGAGGCGGUUGUGUGCGAGGCCCGAAACCUGGCCGCAGAAGUUCGGGGCCGGGAUGCGAGAGCUGCUACCAGUUCGUGAACGGCUGGCGCUUCCAGGCGAGUGGGCCGAUGGCACGGUUUUCGUCUCGUCAGACGCGACCCGCAAGGUCAUCGGGGCGAUCGAUUGGACCAACGGGCUGGUCAUGCGCAUGAAGGCCAAGGCGGCGGCAUGUUGGGUUCAGAGGCGCAGCUCCGAAGACGAUGUGGCGAUCCAUGUGGCGGAGAUGUUGUCCUUCAUCGCUUUCGCCUGUCAGGUGGGUGACCAAUGGCGUGGCCGCGUGGUGCUGUAUGGUGGCGACAACCAGGUCGUGAGGGAGUGGGUCACCAGCCGGAAGGCCGGCACUCCGAGUGGACGCCUGAUGGUGCGCAUGGUGAACUUGCUGGAAAUGAGGUUUCGCUUCACGCUGGUUGCAUCGUGGUGGAGAACCUUUCAUAAUGUGCAUGCUGACAGGAUCACCCGAUGCAGUGACGAGGAGUACGCUCGGCUGGUCAAGGAGAAAGGGUGGUGCGAGGUCGACAUCCACGAGGCGCUCCAGCAGGCGGUCAUUGACUCCGAAAGGUUUGGUCCUUGUUUGUUGGCAUGGGAUGAACCGGAUCGUCAUGCGUUGAUGCCGUUGAAAGAGCGCCGCCUGCAUAGGUCCAUCCCAAAUUUCCUUCGGCCACGCUGGGAGCUGUUUGAGGCGGUCGAGCUCGGAGGCCCUGAUGGCUUUGUGUUCGACUUUGUGGAGGCGAUCCAUGCGGCAGGCGGCAAGGCUCGUACGGCCGGUUGGCGAGGUCCUGUCCAUCGGGGUGAAGUGGCGCUGGCGUCGUUUCCACCUGAUCAACAUGGGAAAGUUUGCUUGCCGGCGACCACCACUGCCAUUGAAGGCGGCGCAGGCCUGGUCGUGUUCGAGGGUCCCCGGGCGGUCCCCUGGAAUCGCAUCAUUGACGCCUUUGAGGGCCAGUCAUGGAAAGUGACGACGGGGGAGUUGGGGAGGCGGCUGCCAGGCGACGGGUGUGCGUCGGCGCACUGCGAGGUCGAGGGCCGAACUGCGAUCGACGCCGGCAUCCCCCGCGAACCUCUUCUGCCGAUCCUCAAGGGCCAAUACUGGAUCAGCGAGGAGCGCUUCAACUUGGUCAGUUCGAGUGGUCCGAUCCGAUGGCCGUUGCGUGAAGGUGAAGGGGUACAAAAGAUCAUCGAGCUCUCCAAAGGCUGGCAGGAGUUGAGGUGGCGUUGCGAAGGACGGACACAGGAGGGCUGGCGCGGGCUGCGAGAUGCUGGCUACAAGGAACAGGAGAUCCUCAUCGAGGGCGGCAAGGCCACGGGCGGGCAGACAGCCCAAGCUUUGGUGUUGAUGGCCGGCUUCCUCGUGACAAGCGACGGACCACGUGCGGGAGCUCACGAUGCUUGGGAUGACGAGGGCAUCGACAAGCUCCUGCGCUGGCUUCGACGAUGGAGGACUCCGACACAGACGACCACGAGUGUGACCACCGAGGGCGAGCUGGAGGCCAAGCCGGCAAGGAGCGCAGGUUGCGAGCGACCGAGGCGGUCGGCAACGCGGCCAUCAACGACGUCCCCAUACAUAGACAUCAACCCCUCCUGCGGAGAGGUCGGCGCCCAGGUCGAGGAGUGGAUCGCCGACAACCUGAGCGGACACCUGGCCGAGAGGACUAUGCGCCAGUACGCAGGUGUCUACAGCAAGUGGAAGGCAUGGGCCCGCAGGCAGGGUUGGUUGUCCGAGUUCAUGAUCAAGGACCAGGGCACGGAGUUCAACGAAGACAAGCUCCUCGGUUUCUUGGGCUACCUGGGCUGGUUGGGGGCGUCCGUGGCGACCAUGAAGCAAGCGGUCUUCGCUAUCAAGGAGGCUCAUAAGAGAUAUGGCCAUGGAGACCCCACCGAGCACAUGUUCAGGCUGUGGAUGUUGCUGGGCACCCUGGAGAGGAAGUACCCAAAGAAGGCUCGCAGACUUGGUGUGACACCCGGGAUGCUCCAGUGGAUCCACGAGGUCAUGACCAACCCUGAUGCCGGGCCGGAGGAGAUCCUGGACGCCGCAAUGCUGGAGGCUGCGCUGCUGACAGCUUGGUUCUUCAUGCUGAGGGCCAAGGAGUACUGUGACUCCAACGGCCUGGACUUCGCGAUGGUGCUCGGAGGCGUGGACAUCCGCUUCAUUGAGGAGGCGGGUGUCGACGGCAAUGAGAUUGUGGGCAUCACGUUGCAGUUCCGCAAGACGAAGACGGACCAGGAGGCCUUUGGGACAUGCAAGACGAUGUACCAGUCGGGCAUCCAAGGGCUGUGUGUGGUCGUGGCGUUGUGCACUUUGAGGAGGUUGGCCCCACAGCGCUUUGGCAAUGGCAGCGAGGCUCUCAAACCUUUGCUUCGAUGGGCGAAUGGCCAGAUGCUGAAGCGUACUCAGGUUCAGGCAGUGCUUCAGAAAGCUGCGAGGGCUGUUGGGCUCCCACCGGAGCGCUUCCUUUCGCAUUCCUUGAGGAUUGGCGGAGCUUCGGCCAUGUUCCAGGCGACCGGAGAGAUCGAGCUUGUGAAGCGGACCGGGCGAUGGUCUUCCAGUGCGGUCCAGCGGUACCUCCACGACGGAGAGGUUGCUUUGAAAGGCGUGGCAGCCAAGAUGGCUGCUGUGGAACAGCAGAUUCACUACACGUGA